AUAGGCUCCACGUGUAGAAAUUUGUUUAGGGUAUUCUAAAAAUUAUUGAACCUUUUUGGUAAAGGUCCCCUACACAAUUCCUGCCUGUUUUGAUAUUUCGAAGUAAUGCCAUCCAAAAAACGGACUUCUCAAAAAACGAACAAUGCAAACUUCCAGAGCAGUACGGGACAGCAAAGCAAGCAGAGACUUGGAUCUAAGACAAAGGAAGGCAGAAGAAGGAGUGAAACAUUUAAUAAGUAUGUAAUAGCCAUUUUGCUGCUUGGGUGUGCUGUUUUUGGUGCUGCUUUACUGAAAAUCCUUGUGUGGACUGAAGAUUAUUUCACUGAAGUGUUAGCCCAUCAGGGUGAAACUUUACACUUAAAAGUAUUUGAGGUGCCUUGCUCUGAAGAUUAUGAUAACUUCAAGCGAUUUCCAGGUUGCACACCUAGAAAGUGUGGAAGAGCUGUUACAGACAUAGUGGUGACCAGAGAAGAAGCAGACCAGAUCCGAAGACUAGCAGAAAGAGGGCUUUCACUUGGAGGAUCUGAUGGGGCUUCCAUCUUAGAUUUGCAUUCUGGAGCGCUUUCCAUGGGAACAAAGUUUGUUAAUGUGUACAGAUACUUUGGCGAUAAACUCAAAGACAUCUUCUCUGAGACAGAUUUUAGUCUUUAUCGUAACAUAAAACAGAAGAUCCAUAAAGCAGUUGCAGAGACAUUUGAUCUUGACCCUUCUCAUCUCCAUUUGACUAAGCCCACAUUUUUCUCCAAAAUGAACAGCUCUGAGGCUAAGCGAAUCCACGAUGAGUAUUGGCACCCACAUGUUGAUAAGGUGACCUAUGGCUCCUUUGACUACACGUCUCUGUUGUAUUUGUCUGACUACGGACAAGAUUUUGGGGGAGGUCGGUUUAUAUUUAUUGAUGAAGGCGCAAACAGAACUGUAGAACCCAAAUUUGGGCGGGUUUCAUUUUUUACUUCAGGUUCAGAAAAUGUACAUCGAGUGGAAAAAGUUGAUUGGGGAACACGUUAUGCCCUUACAGUGCCCUUCACUUGUGACCCUUCUCAAGCCAUUGAUGAGCCCAAAUUUCCAUAGACUGUAGAAACAGGAAGAUCUGCUGAAAUGGGCUUUCUGCUGUGUGACAGUAAUGACAAGCAGCACCAGUGUUGCAGUGCACUCUUUUGCAGCUGACCAAAUUAAACUUUAUUUUCUAACACAAUUUAUGUCACCAUUUUCACCUGAAAAAAAUUGUUAUUUCAGUUUUGCAUGGAGAAAAGCAUUUUAUCUUAUUAUUGAGAGAGCCAUGUCUUCCUUGUUUAGGCUCUGCUCUGGUACCAAAGGUAAUGUAUAGCAGAAGUAGUGUGCCACAUCCUUCAGGCCAUUCGUAAAAUCUGUUAGAAUAUAUGGUCUCAUUGUAUUUAUCCCAUGCAUUUUGUUGGGCUUCAGAAGUGCUUCCAGAUGGAAGGAACUUGUUUCUAGACCAUAGUUUCAUUGUCAGUUUAAAUAACUGAUUUCUGAGCUGAAGAAAUUGGGGGCAAAUAGAAGCUAAAACAAAGCCUUUAGCAGGCCAGCAAGACUGACUUUCUGCAUUGGUUCAUACUGAGCAGUUUUAAUCUUGUCUAGACUUUGCUGACUAUUCAUUGACACUACAUUUUUACCAAGAGAUGGGUCUUCAUGUCUUUCUCUAGUACAGCAGCAUUUAAUUUGCUAGUUGUAUUUCAAAGCCAGUCAUAUACACACCAAAAAGUUCUAAUCAGUCUAAAUGAUUUUGAACAGAUGUCUUUAAAUAUGGACAUUGACUGUAAUGAAUAUAGUUAUAUGGUUCUUGGGUAAUGUGACUGUGUCAUAUUUUCUACCUUUACAGUCUUUUUUUUUUUACUAUUAUUAUUCAGGAGAUGAGACCUCAGGUAUUUGUACAUAAAAUGUAUUACUUUUUGUUGGGAUUGCUUCACUUCUUGACCUCUCAGUUAUGUUUUGUCUGUCAGAAUGAGUGUAAAGGUACUACUUAGUGGGAGAUUGUUAAAAAUGGGACUACUGUUUUCAUGGUGUGCAAGUGGUUGGCAGGGCCAGAGUGAAUGACAUUGGGUGUGACAUGUAAAGUUGUUAAAUGCAGUGGAUGUAUUCUGUUAACCCUUUAUCUCCUAUCUUGCCCCUGCACAUCAUCAAGAAAGAGAGAACAAACUAAAAACAAAAUAUCCUUUACAGUUACCAGCAGUUAUAAAUAAAUACUGAUUUAACACAUAUGCUCAUGAUGUUUGCCUUUGCAAUUGCUCAAGAAUGACAAAUUACAUCAUUUAAAGUGUUAUCAAUGUGUGUCAUUUACAGUUUCUUCCAGUAAUUGUAAUGGCAAUUGCCACUUCUUGUUUUUAAGAAAUGUAUAAUAAUGUCUGUUCAAUUACAGGGAGUAGAGAAAAUAAACUUCUGUUCUGUGUA